UCAGCGUUACUUCCGUAAUGCGGAAGUGUUGCCAUCGCAUGCGGUAGUUGGCAGUGUUUGGAUCAAUUUCGUACAUUACACACAUUGUUUACUGUACAUUUAUGUUUUUAGUCUAAAUUUAGCGACAGGCCGUCAUGAUGCUGGACAAGAGUCGUGUGACGGUUGUGGCAGACAUCUUAUUCAGCAACAGACAUUCACCUGGAGAAGGGAUCCACUGCUGCUGCUCGAGAGUCUUUGUGGAGGACCGAGAACUCUAUCGCUCAGAUAAAAGACUGCUCUCCGUUCGCCAAACAGAAACUGCACGUGAAGAAUCAGACCAAGAAGAAGACGAGGAUGUCUAUGAGGAAGAUGAGUUGUUGGAUGAAGAGGCUCAGCUGAUGGCUAGCAUGGGUCUGCCUCUUGCCUUUGCCAGCUCUUCCAGCCAGCGUAAAGAGCAGAAGCAAUCGACCAAAAGGCCUGUUCCAUAUCUGACUGCGUCUCUCCAAGACGAGGAGGAAGACCUACGGUUUACCAACAAAGACAUUAAAGAUUGCUUGGAAGAAGAACUGAAGACGGCGAGCGAAGGGCUGAAGAGCCAGUCUGCUGAUGAUGCAGGUUGGCAGGCAUACUGGGCUCAACAAGGAGAACAUCUGCUGUGGAGCAGCUGGCUGGAGAAACAUGCUGACCACGACCUGCAGCGUUCAGAAGGUUCCCAAACUGUGACCGCUCCGUGGGACGACCCAGACACAAAGCCUGCCUGGGAUCAACACGCUGCAGACACAUACUAUUACUACUGGGAGCAAUACUCAUACUGGGUAGCGCAGGGCUGGACCGCUGACCUACCUUGUGAGAAGACCACCGGGGGAGAAGAAGCAGCAUCUGAGAAGAUGAAUGGAACGGAAGGGUUGAACCACCUCUUUGAACAGAUAUGCUCUUUAGAGUCAGCUGGGAACACAUCAGCUGACUUUGGAACAAAUAUGGCCGACAUUUCCGAACGACCCAAGUCCAAGGAGCCCUCUGAUGCGGGGACUCGUGGCGAGAAAUCUGAUGUUGCCCCACAGCAGGACACAACACAACAUACAGAUGACCAACAGGCUGCUGGCAGUUUCAACAGGCCCUCAUCUUCAACGCACCGGAUAUCAAAUGAUGAAGAUGAUGGUGAUGAUGAGGAAAAUCCUUCAAGAGGAAUCGGAAAAGUCAAACGCAGUCAUGAGCUUGACAUGGAGGAAAUCCCUCAUCUAUCAUGCGAUGAAGCAUGGAAGAAACUUGGACUCAAACACAAUCCAGAAUCACGGUUUGAAAGUGUGUUCAACUUUAAAGACAUUUCAGGUCAAAAGCGCCAGAGGCGUUGGUGCUCCAAGAGGACCGGCAUCAACAAACACAUCAGAUUCACAGAGGAUGAAGAGGUUCCACAGCCGGAGUGCAGCACCACCCUCCGUAAGGUCCAUAACUUCCUUGCAAAGAUUCAGAGUGAGACACACAUGAGUCCAUGUGAUCCGGGGGAGAUUCACGGACAAAGCAUGCCACGCUCUGAAAAAACGCCCCCAUUACCAGAAGAUGAUGAGAGUAUGGAAAAGAGGAUCGGAAGUAGAAGCUCCAUAGAAGAGGAAAGUCCUGCUUUGCUCGGCACUGAGAAGGAGACGAGUGUUGAAACCAGUCUCUUCCCUCAUGUUGAGGAAACAAGGCGGUUAGAGUGUGUGGAAAUCCCAGACUUUCUACUGCCUAACAGACCUGCAGCCAACAGUGAUGUGAAAGAUGCCAAGCAAUCAAGGAAGAAGAGCAAACGAGCUAGAAAGCGGCAGGUACCAGCAGACAUGGCAGCAGAACCGGGCCUGGCAAAAUACUGGGCUCAGCGCUACAGACUCUUCUCUCGCUUUGACGAGGGGAUCAGACUGGACCGAGAGGGCUGGUUCUCUGUGACGCCUGAGAAGAUUGCAGAACACAUUGCCCUCCGAGUGGAAAGCAGCUUUCCCUGCACUCAGCUGGUCAUUGAUGCCUUCUGUGGGGUUGGAGGAAACGCCAUCCAGUUUGCACUCACUGGGAAGAGAGUCCUUGCUAUCGAUAUAGACCCGGUACGUCUGGACCUAGCGCGCCACAAUGCUGCCGUUUAUGGCGUCGGCCAUCAAAUUGAGUACUUGCAAGGAGACUUCCUCCAGCUCGCACCCCGUCUCUGUGGGGAUGUCGUCUUCCUGUCACCGCCGUGGGGGGGUCCAGACUACCUGACUGCUGACAUCUUUGACCUCAAGACCAUGAUGGAGCCAGAUGGGUUUAAGAUUUUCCAUCUGGCUAAGCAAAUAACGGACAGCAUUGUGUAUUUCUUGCCUCGCAACGCCGACAUGGAGCAGGUGGCUUCGCUGGCGGGCCCUGGAGGGAAGGUGGAGGUGGAGCAGAACUUCCUCAACAACAAACUCAAGACCAUCACCGCUUACUUUGGCAGCUUGAUCAACUCAGACACCUGAAAACCGCAGGAAAUGAACACGCUCCUGUCCAACUCAUCAUCUCCUAAUGGAUAACUUCACAAGAGUAACCUAUUUUUUUCUACUUUUUAAGUACACUCUUUUAGCCAUUUUUUAAAACUUGUCGUUUUGUCAUUUUUAAUGAUUAAAGCAGAAUGUUUCUACCUCCA